AUGACCACCCCCAUCGAUGUGUCUGGAAAACACGCCUUUCAAGCCCCGAACUUCGACAAGGGAGACCAACGCGGUCCUUGCCCCGGGCUAAACGCCCUUGCUAAUCACGGCUAUAUAUCUCGUAACGGUGUCGUCGGGUUUCUUGAGGUCAUUGGCGCGGUCAAUCAAGUUUACGGUAUGGGCAUUGAUCUCAUCACCGUUCUGGCAGUCAUGGGCACCGUAGGCGUCGGCAACCCGCUGGCUCUGAACCCUGGUUUCUCCAUUGGUGGCGAAAGCCGCAAGUCAAGCAACCUACUCGGUAACUUGUUUGGACUGCUCGGUACACCCAGAGGUCUGGACGGUGCUCACAACUGGAUCGAGUCGGACUCAUCAAACACACGUGAUGACUUGUACGUUACAGGCGAUGCAUCCACUAUGAACAUGACUCUCUUCCUGGAAGCGUACAACUCUUCAGACGACUUUGUUCUCACCAUGGACGAUAUUGGCGCACGUGCAGCGAAGCGAUUUCAAGACAGUAUCUCGAACAACCCGAACUUCUACUACGGCCCAUACACGGGCAUGAUUGCUCGUAAUUCUGGAUACGCUUUCACUGGGCGUAUAUUGAGCAACCAUACCAAAGAGUACCCUCUAGGAGGUCAUUUGACAAAGGAUGUUUUUGCCAGUUUUUACGCCGUCAACGAAGAGGAUGGUCAACUCUGCUACAAGAAAGGCCACGAACAGAUCCCCGCGAAUUGGUAUCGACGUCCGAUAGACUACGGUCUCGUCCAACUGAAUCUGGAUCUUGUAGCUUGGUUCCUGAAGUACCCCGUCUUGGCCAGCAUUGGAGGCAAUACUGGAAAGGUCGAUACAUUCACCGGUCUGGAUCUUGAGAAUAUCACUGGCGGAGUCUUGAACGCAGUCACACUGCUUGAGGGGAACAAUCUUGUCUGCUUUGUGCUACAGAUUGUGAAAACAUUCUCGCCGAACUCUUUGUCUUCGCUGUUCAAGACACUUGAAGCUCCAUUGAAGCUUGUCAGUGACGCUGUUCUGGAUCCAUUGUUGAGUCUCAACUGUCCCGCGUUCAAAGACAUGGAAAUGGACGGAAAGGAUCUGCUCUCUGGACUUCUCACCAGGUACCCUGGUGCUGGUAGGAGUGGUGUUGCAUUCUAG